GAGGAAUCACGUUCGCAUGGGGGAGUUUCCUUAAUUAUCUCGCGUGGUGCUCAAGGAGGGCGACGAUCCUGCUGCGCCUUUUCCGGAGUUCGGCUUUCUGUCUCAAAAGGAGCUGCACGCGGAUCUAGAAUUUGUGCUAUGAAUAAUCCUCAUUUUUUGGUACUAUGCUGUCCGGGUUCAAUUUUGCGAUAUUCACUACAUUAUCUUCAAGCGACUGUGCGACUGGUUCCACUGUCUGUACGAGAGGAAUGGGUGAAGUCUUUUGGAUCUAGGGGAGAAAGGUUCUGCGGGAAACUUCUGUUUAUUGGGGGCAUUGCUCUAGGCUCAUUACCUGGGACCAUCAAAUUUUACACGGAUAAUGAUAUUUUACCGCCGUCUGGGCGUUUGCUGUCCAAAGCUCUCCUUUCCACGUCACAAACUCGCAAUGAUGCGGUGGACAGGCUGCCCCAGCUUUUUGCACACUAUCCGACCCCAAUAGACACGUCGAAAUCCAUCCCUUUCCAGCAAGCACCUAAAGCGAACCCCACUCGUGCUCAAACUCCACAAGCAAUUACCGAUACAGCCAUGGGUGACAGGAACCCCGAUGACUACUCUGUUUUCUGGCAAGAAGGUACGCAAUCCAUUUGCCACCCAAUAGGAAUUUCUUUUGUCCCAGUCCCCAUUUCACCUCUCCCCGAGCUUAAAGCUGACCUUUGA